AUGUCGACGCAGCCGCUCCUAGGAACCAUAUCGGGCCAGUCGGGCAAUAGAGAUGAAGACAGGAGCCAACCAGGCAGCUUGGCGACCUUCUUUUCCAUCUUCCACGGCGGCCUCGUCGCGCCAGACUCGACGACACUCGACUCGCUCCAGGCCAUCCUCAACGAGUCGGACGACGCCCUCCGCGACGACCUCACGGAGCGCUGGCGCGACCACAAGCUCCAGGAGCUCAACUUUGUCGGCACCGUCGGCGCGCUCCUCGCCGCCUGCCUCAGUUCGACGGGCUCGUGGCCCGACGUCCUCGACAACGGACGCAAGCAGCCGUGGAGCAUUCGCGCGUGCUGGUACAUCGGGCUCGUGUUCGCGCUGUUCGCCGUCCUCACGGCGCUGCAGCAGAGCUUGCGGCUGCACCGCCUGAGCGCGCACCGCGAGGGACUCCGAUGGAUCCGGAAGAGCAUGACGGGCGAGAAGAGGGGUGGCGAGGUCAGGGUCAGGACUUGGCAGGUGUAUGCGUGGCAGGCGAGCUUGGUGUUUCUGGUGGCGGCUGUGGUUUGUUUGAUUGCGGGGAUUCUCGUGCUCGUGUGGGUGUCGACGGAGUUUGGGCCGGAUAAGAAGCCAGAGGAUGGCUGGUGGGAUGACAGUGCCAAGAUGGCUGUCACGUUCACUGUUGUCGUGGUUGUGUCUUUGGGCCUUGCCAUUGGCGGCAAAAUCCGCAUAUUCGGUGACGGCAUGGGGCUCAUCGAUUGCCUGUUGGUGGAGGCCUUUGCCAGCGUCGGCUAUGUCUGCACUGUUGAGAUCCAGGGCUGCCAAUGA